AUGUACACCAAGCAGGCUCUUUCCGUCGGCGCUGCCUCGCUCGCCCUCGUCCAGCAGGCCAUGGCUUUCAACGCUCAUCGCCACAUUCACCAGGACAAGCGCGCUCUCAAGUUCGAUGUUGUCACUGAAUGGGUCACCAUCACUGUCGGCGGUGAUGAGUCGGUUCCUGCCGCCACUCCCACUCCUACGCCCACUCCUACUCCUCAGCCUGCGGCCCCCGAGGCCCAGUACACUCCCACCACAACUUCUACCUCCAUUGUCGUGAUUCCUACUCCCACUCCCACCCCGGUCUACGCCACCCCCAGCACCACUCUCGCCGCCGUCGCUGUUGCCGCUGUGCCUUCUACUUCCUACGCCAAGGCCACUGCUUCAGCCGUCGUCAGCUCCAGCUCCAACUCCGAAAAGGUCAAGAAGCGUGGUGUCGCUUACAACGAUCCCACCAAGGUCAACGCCUUCUUCUCGGGAACCACCCAGAACUGCGGCUGGGCCUACAACUGGGACUCUGCUGACAACGGCAUCACUGCCACGGGCGUCGACUACGUCCCCAUGCUCUGGGGUCCCAUCGACACCCACACCGCCCGCUGGGACGAGAACGCUAAAGCCUCCAUCAAGAAGGGCUCUACUCACAUUCUGAGCUUCAACGAGUGCGACAUGCCCUCUCAGUGCAACCUUGCUGCCUCCGAAGCUGCUGUCCAGCAUAAGAAGUACAUGAACUCCUACAAGAAUGAUUACAAUGUCAUGAUCGGAGCCCCUGCCAUCACCAACAGCAACAUCGCUGGCCAGGGUCUCGACUGGCUCAAGGCUUGGGUCUCUGCCUGCGAAACUGAAGGCUGCAUCUACGACUUCUGCGUCACCCACUGGUACUCUCCCUCCACCGCUGCCGACACCCUCUUCAGCCACCUUGAGGCCGUCCACGAGGCCUGUGGCGGCAAGCCCGUCUGGUUGACCGAGUUCGCUCCCUUCGGCACCACCGAUGAGAUCUCCAGCUUCGUCUCGACCAACGUCCCCAAGCUCGAGAGCCUGUCGUACCUCGAUCGCUACUCUUACUUCAUGGCUUCCGACGGCGUUCUCAACUCCGGCUCUGGCCUGAGCGCCCUCGGCCAGGUUUACGCCGCCGCUGCCUUGGUUUGA